AUGAUGCAUAAUGAACCAUCAACACAAACUCUUCCACCACCAAUACCAUUAUCAUAUGAACAAGAUACAAAAGCAAAUGGUUUUAUUGAUUUUAAUAAUCAUCAUCAAUCAAUUGAUAUAAAUGAUCCUCAACAACAAUAUUCAAAUUUUCUUCAACAUAAUACAUAUCAUCAUCCAACACCUGAUGAACAACAAUUUUAUUCAGCAACACGAAAUUCAUUUCCAUCCUAUCCAUAUCCAUAUUCAUUACCUUAUCCACCAUUAACACUUGAUUCAGAUGAUAAAUGUCAUUAUGAUGAACGUGAUAUACCACCGAAAUUAACAAUUAAAGGAAAAAAAAUUCGUAAACCAAGAACUAUUUAUUCCAGUAUGCAAUUACAAGUACUUAAUAAACGUUUUCAACGUACACAAUAUCUUGCUCUACCAGAACGAGCUGAAUUAGCUGCUUCACUUGGACUUACACAAACACAAGUAAAAAUUUGGUUUCAAAAUAAGCGAAGCAAACAGAAAAAGGUUGUCAAAAAUGUUAGUCAUCAUUCAUCGUCGUCACCAUCUUCCCAAACCCCCAACCCGAACCCAUCAUCACAUCGUACAUCACGAAUAAUAAACAAUAAACGAAGUGAUUCUAUGUUUUUAGUAAAACAAGAACAACAACAGCAACAACAACCAUCAACAUCAUCUUCAUCAUCAUCAUCAUCAUCGGCAAAUUCUAAUCCCAUUGAAUCAAACUCAUUUCAUAUUGAUGCUGUUUCAUCAUCAUCUCCAUAUGAACAUAUAGAAUAUCCAAAUAAUCCAAAUCAUUUCUGGUCUCUAUCACCAUAUGUGACCAGUUAA